GGUGCAUCCUGAAGCGGGGUUUAGUUACAAUCGAUCUUGGGGGGAAAAUAUUGCCUAUGGUCCAAAAAUAAGGAGCGGCUAUGUCUUUCUCCCAGUUCGGAUACCCCUACAGCACCACUUCGCAGUUCCUGGUGCCCGGCAGCCCCGGCGCGUCCUGCUGCGAGCCCGCUCCCCGCUCCGGCCCGGAUGCGUCCUCGGCGCCGGCCGCCGCCUCGCUGUGCUGCGCCCCGUACGAGAGCCGGCUGCUGGCGCCCGGCCGCGCCGAGCUCAAUGCGGCGCUGGGCAUGUACGGAGCCCCGUACGCCGCCGGCCAGGGCUACGGCAACUACCUGCCCUACAGCGCCGAGCCCGCCGCCAUCUACACCGCGCUGAACCCCCAGUAUGAGAUCAAGGAGGGCGCCGGGACUCUGCACUCGGGGAUCGCGCAGCCCGCCGCUUACUACUCGUACGAGCACUCCCUGGGGCAGUACCAGUACGACAGGUACGGGCCGGUGGAUUUCACCGCUUCGGCCCGGCGCAAGAAUGCCACUCGGGAGACGACGAGCACCCUGAAGACGUGGCUGUACGAGCACCGCAAGAACCCGUACCCCACCAAGGGCGAGAAGAUCAUGCUGGCCAUCAUCACCAAGAUGACCCUCACCCAGGUCUCCACCUGGUUCGCCAACGCGCGGCGGCGGCUCAAGAAGGAGAACAAGAUGACCUGGUCUCCCAAGAACAAAGCGGGGGAAGAGAGGAAGGAGGACGGCACGCGGCACGACGGGGAGUACGGCGCGGGGAGCGACGGCCGAGGUAGGGCAGGGCGGGACAGGACGGAGCGGAAGGGCUGCAAGGAGGACAAGGAACUGCGACUCAGCGACCUGGACGACCUGGAGGAGGAGGACGAGGACGAGGAGGAGGCGGGGAAGGCGGCGAAGGGCCGCCCCGGCUCUCUGCAGGAAGCCCCCGGCCCCGGCGCGGCUCUGCCCGGAGCCCCGCGGAGCGCCUGCGGCGUGCCCGGGCCGUGCCGCGCCUUCCCCUGCCCACGGGCCCCCUCCGCGGCCCCGGCCCCCGCCGCCCUCGCCCCGCCGCCGCCCUACGCGUCCCCGGAGAAGCCGCGCAUCUGGUCGCUGGCGCGCACGGCCGGGGCCAACGCGGCGCGCAGAGGCAGCCCCGAGGGUCGCGGCACGGAGGAGGGCGGCGGGGCGGCGGGGGAGCUGCCCCCGUCCGCAGAGGCCCCGUUCCGGAGCUCCGCCUUCAGCCCCCAACCCGUCCCGCGGAGCUGCGCGUCCCACCGCGGCCAGGGGCAGCCGUGCCAGUACGCGGCGGGCGAAGGUACCCGCGCCGGCGGGGCCGCGGGGGCGGGGGGGACGGGGCGGACGGGGCUGCCGCCUCCUGCGCGCCCGCGGCCCUGA